AUUGGUUUCCUUCCGGAAAAAGGAAAUUCAGUGAUUUCGUCAGGCCAAUCCCUCGAGCUCCGCCGCGGCGCAACCCCUCUCAGCCUACCUCCGGCAAUUCUUUUUUUGGUUUUCGCCAUCUGGUUUAUUUGUCGCAGUGAGCCUUAGGGUUUUCACUAUCGCCGACAACCAACUCCAGCAGUUCAGGCGACUACUUGCUCGUCCGGCGAUCCUAAUAACCAAUUUCUUAUCAACCUAGGCGUCGGUACCAUGGCGACGGCAUCAGGUGCCUUCAAAUCGAGGGAGGAUCAUAGGAAGCAGAUUGAAUUGGAAGAAGCCCGUAAAGCUGGGCUUGCUCCCGCUGAGGUGGAUGAAGAUGGAAAAGAGAUUAAUCCUCACAUUCCCCAGUAUAUGUCUUCUGCACCUUGGUAUCUUAAUGCUGAGAAACCAAGUUUAAAACAUCAAAGGAAAUGGAAGUCGGAUCCGAAUUACACGAAAUCAUGGUAUGAUAGGGGUGCAAAAGUAUUUCAGGCAGAGAAAUACAGGAAAGGCGCGUGCGAGAACUGUGGAGCCAUGACACACAAUGCAAAAGCUUGCAUGGAAAGACCUAGGAAAAUAGGGGCGAAGCAUAGUAACAAGCACAUUGCCCCUGACGAAAAAAUAGAGAAUUUUGAGCUUGAUUAUGAUGGCAAGCGUGAUCGAUGGAAUGGGUAUGAUCCGUCCAAUUACGCGCUUGUUGUUGCACGGUAUGAAGCCCGUGAUGCAGCUAGAAGCAGGUAUGUGAAGGAGGAACAGCUUAAGAAGCUGGAAGAGAAAAAUAACAGCGAGAAUCCCGAGGAAGUUAGUGAUGAGGACAUUGACGAUGAUGUAAGAGUGGAUGAAGCCAAAGUUGACGAGUCCAAGCAAAUGGACUUUGCUAAGGUUGAAAAGCGUGUAAGGACAACUGGUGGUGGUAGCACUGGAACUGUCAGGAACCUGCGUAUUCGGGAAGAUACUGCAAAGUAUCUCUUGAAUCUUGAUGUUAAUUCUGCCUAUUAUGACCCCAAAACCCGCUCAAUGCGUGAGGACCCACUUCCAGAUGCAGAUCCGAAUGAGAAGUUCUAUUUGGGAGACAACCAGUACAGAAAUAGUGGUCAAGCUGAGGAAUUCAAGCAGCUCAACAUCCAUUCAUGGGAAGCUUUUGACAAGGGACAAGAUAUUCACAUGCAAGCUGCUCCUUCACAGGCAGAGUUGUUGUAUAAGAACUUCAAGGUGAAUAAGGAGAAACUGAAGACUCACACAAAGGACCAAAUGCUUGAGAAGUAUGGGAAUGCUGCCAGCCAAGAUGAGAUUCCAAAAGAGCUUUUACUCGGACAGAGUGAAAGUCAAGUUGAGUACGAUCGUGCUGGGAGAAUUAUCAAGGGGCAGGAGGUUGUGCUUCCCAAAAGCAAGUACGAAGAAGAUAUCCACAUCAACAACCAUACAAGUGUAUGGGGUUCAUGGUGGAAAGAUCAUCAGUGGGGUUAUAAAUGUUGUAGACAGACUGUUCGAAACAGUUACUGCACUGGCGCUGCCGGCAUCAAGGCUGCAGAGGCUGCAACGGAUUUGAUGAAAGCCAACAUUGCUAGGAAAGAGGCUGAUGAUGAGUUGCCAGCACCAGUGGAGGAGAAGAGGCUAGCCACUUGGGGAACCGAGGUACCAGAUGAUUUGGUGUUGGAUGAGAAGUUGCUAGCAUCAGCACUCAAAAAGGAGGACCAGAGGAAAAGAGAGGAGAAGGAUGAGAGGAAGCGCAAGUACAAUGUGAAGUGGAACGACGAGGUUACAGCAGAAGACAUGGAGGCUUAUAGGAUGAAGAAAGUACAUCAUGAUGACCCAAUGAAGGAUUUUCUUCACUAGUCGAACGAACGAAGACUUCUCCCAUGUCUCUUUUCUGUUCAGUCAACUGCUGUCUUGCUGUGAAAUUACUUGGAUGCCUUUGAAGUAGAAACAGCAUCGUGUGAUGAAUUAGCUUGUGUACUUUUUAAGGAACGACCAGUGUACCAAAACAUAUAUGAAGAUCAAAUCUAGCUACUAUACACAACUGUCAUUGUUCAUGAAUUCCUCAUAGUUGCUUUUGCUAUGCAUUCAGCCAUUUUUAUGGCAUGAGACUAUCUACCUGCACUGGUCUGGUCUGUGUCAUAGGCAAAAUCAUUGCAGACAUGUAGGGGUGUGUAACGGUCCGUGUCGGUUUUGUAUAUGACAUAUGACUACACAGACAUUUGGAUUGGAACAUAAUGUACAUAAUAAUGUGACCGUUUUUUGUGUCCUAAAUUGUAAAUACUAGAAGAAAAAUAG